AUGGGAGAGGAGCUCAAAGACUAUUUAUUAUAUGCCAAUUUCUCCCAGCAACUAUUUCUGGCUUCCCACCUCAACCUCACAAAUAUGAACCAAGACGUUCCCCAACGGUCGCCCGCCCGCCAGUUCAACGUUACCAAGCAGGACCUCUUACUUGCCUCGCCCGCCCUGGACACCAGUUCCUUCGAAUCCAAGCGUAUGAGCAACUCAUCGCUCUCGGACGAGUCCAUAUUCUCCCAGCAUGACGAAGCUCCUGCACCCCCUCCCGACGAGUUUGGGUUGAGGUUGGACUUCGAGGACUGGGAGUCGUUGUUGGACGAAAUACAAGUGGACCAACAUGGCCGUUCCAGCGUGGUGUGCAAGAUCGACGACGUGGUGACGAUUUUGGGAGAGCACCAGGGGUCGCAGUUCCGUGCCAGCACCUCGCUGAAGGACCGCAGAACGAAGACGUUGUCUUACAUCAAUGUGGCGUAG